CUGGAGCCAAGUUCCCGCUAUCUAUUCAUUUGCAAUAUUCAACAUGUCUUCUGGGAGCUCCCGCAUGCCUGCAUUCGCCAUGGGGAAUCCUGCUGCGGUGUCCCACGCUACUGGAAAACCUAACACCAUUUCCGUGCAAGGCUUCAAGAUCACUACAGAAAAGCGGCCGAUACUAAAAGCUGACCCGAUUGAGGACAUGACCAAAAGAUUAGGAAUCGCGCCGCCAGAAAUGAUCUUCGGUGACAACUUUGUCUCGAUUCAACAUGAGAAAAGCCGCUGGGGGAUAACUUUCAACGCGUUUGACGCCUUGGAUCGGGUGGACAAAACUGGCGCAUCGAUGCUCAAAGUCGCUUACUCAAAGGAAUGGCAGAGAAGCAGAGAAAAGACACAUGAAGGCAUCAAGGAGGUUGUGAAGCCCUUUGACUGGUCCUACACCACAGACUAUACGGGCACCGUUCAAGCUGAUGGUCGGUCAUUUAAACCAACGACAAAAUCCAUACCCUUAGAAUUAUUAAAACGGCCGGAUCCCAUACUCUUUUUCGAUGAAGUCAUAUUAUACGAAGACGAACUCGCUGAUAACGGCAUCACUAUGCUAUCCUGCAAAAUUCGCGUUAUGCCAGCCAGGCUGCUUUUAUUAUCGAGAUUCUUCCUACGACUCGAUAAUGUUCUAUUUCGGCUUAGAGACACGAGGAUUUAUAUCGACUUUGAGACCUUGGAGGUGAUCAGAGAGUUCCAGUCUAAAGAAUUAGAUUACGAGACUGUUCGACAGACUCUAGCGGCAACGAGAGAUGAUGUUCCUGCCGUUAUGCGUGAUCCUAAUAGGCUUUCGGAGAUUCUUCCUCUUCGCGAAAAGCGUUUAGAACGGGUCACUCUAGAAGAUUAGAAAAGGCAACCAUAAGAUGGCAGUAAAAUCCUAAAUGUGCUCGACCUUGCACACUUUCACAUCGGGUGCGCUGGAGAGGACGUAACAAGAGCGAAAGGGACUAUGAUCCUAACGCUUUUUGACUAUCUCGGCCAUCGCUGUCUUGCUGUACAACGGCUCUUACCAUGCAAGCCCUUUAUUACAGGAGACUGUGACUGUCAACACCACAUAUCAAUUGUCAGACUCGCUGGUAUCGGAGUUGGGCAAUUAGGUAGUGCGCUUGCUUUGGUUGGCGUCAGCACCCUGGUGGUCCUUUUCAUGAAGGCAUGCGGUUCAAGCUU